ACUGCCCGAGCCCGACAAUCGUCUCGUGAAUUCGGGCAAGUGCACACGCGUGUCUCUCACUCGUAGUCCGGGCCCCGUGUCUCGCCGUCGACCCGCCCCCCCCGAAAUUCCGUCAAAAAUUCGCGAUCCACGACAAUCGUAACAUUUCACGGCGGGGCUCCAACCGCAGACGUCGAAUUCGCGAACCCGCGUCCCACGAAAUAUAGGUACGCCAAAUAUCUACCCCCGGUCCCAUAGUACACUUGCGUCUUGCACUCACACUAUCUGCCCGCCAACAAUAUUAAUAUAAUAUUCAUACCCGCUCCGGCUACCUACCCACUGCACAGAAUGACACCCACAAUGCAAUGUUUUGACGACCAAUCAAUGCAAAUGCCACCUGCUUCAGUUCUAUACAAUAAUAUAUUUUUUCAAGAAAACCACCACCAGCUGACAUCCGCCUCCGAUAGAACGAACCCAAGGCCUGAUGUUCGAACUAACUAUCAAUGGAACCCUUGUCUAAGGAAUCGCAAUUCAACGUUUAGCAGUAAAAAAAAUUCCUCCUACGCUUCAGCAUUAAAGUCGGACGAUGUGAAAAGGUUACUACGACGGGAUAACGGAUCGUCCUCAUCGUCGGAUGUGGUACCAGCGACAACAGUAACCGAAGAGCAUUUGAACGCGAUACGCAAGAGACAAGCUCUGUUGCUAGUUACCAUCCAGACAAUGAAGCUGUUCCACCACAACCAAAUAUUGGAGCACAAGCUGUCGGCGUUGCACAGGAGGGUGGUGCAGGUUCAGAACAGACAAAGACAGAGGAACGUCAGAUCUGCUGCCGCUGAGGAAUAG